AUGGACUCCCUGUGCGGCUCGGGGGAGCUCGGCUCCAGGUUCUGGGACUCUAAUCUGUCCCUGCACACAGACACCCCGGACCUCACGCCCUGCUUCCAGAACUCGCUGCUGGCCUGGAUCCCCUGCAUUUACCUGUGGACUACCCUGCCCUGCUACCUGUUCUACCUGCGGCACCAUCACCAGGGCUACAUCACCCUCUCCCUCUUGUCUCGGAUCAAGACGGUCUUGGGCCUCCUGCUGUGGUGUGUGUCAUGGGCAGACCUCUUCUACUCCUUCCACGGCCUGGUUCAUGGCAAGACCCCGGCCCCCAUCUUCUUCGUCACCCCCUUGGUGGUGGGCAUCACUAUGCUGCUGGCCACCCUGUUGAUCCAGUACGAGCGGUUGCGGGGGGUGCAGUCCUCGGGGGUGCUCAUCAUCUUCUGGUUCCUGUGUGUGCUCUGUGCCAUCGUGCCCUUCCGCUCCAAGAUCCUCUCUGCCGUGGCUGAGGGCCACAUCUCAGAGCCUUUCCGCUUCACCACCUUCUACAUCUACUUCGCCCUGGUGCUCUUGGCCCUGAUCCUGUCAUGCUUCAGGGAAAAGGCACCGUUUUUCUCCCCAAAGAACACAGAUCCGAAUCCCUGCCCAGAGAAGAGAGCUGGCUUCCUGUCUCGCCUGUCCUUCUGGUGGUUCACAGAGAUGGCCAUCCUUGGCUACCGGCGCCCCCUGGAGGAGCAAGACCUCUGGUCCCUGAACAAGGAGGACAGUUCCCAGGAAGUGGUCCCCAAGCUGCUGAAGGCCUGGGAGCAGCAAAAGCAGGCAGCGGGACGCAAGGCUGCAGGGACACCUGGAAAGCUGGUUUCCGGGGAGGAUGAGGAGCUGAUGGGGACCCGGGCCAGGCGCCAACAGCCCUCCUUCCUGCGGGCCCUGAUGGCCACCUUUGGCCCCAGCUUGCUCCUCAGCGUUGUCUUCAAGCUCAUCCAGGACCUGCUCAACUUCGUCAACCCACAGCUACUCAGUGUCCUGAUCGGGUUCAUCUCGGACCCCACGGCCCCCAGCUGGAUCGGCUACCUGGUGGCCGUGCUGAUGUUCCUGUGCUCCGUGAUGCAGAUCUUGGUCGUGAACCAAUACUUCCACCUGGUCUUCACCAUUGGGCUGCGGCUGCGGACAGGGCUCCGAGGAAUCAUCUACAGGAAGACCCUGCUCAUCAGCAACUCUGCCCGACGCGAGUUCACCGUGGGGGAGAUGGUCAAUCUGAUGUCGGUGGACGCACAGCGCCUCAUGGACAUCGUCUCCUCCCUCAACCUGCUGUGGUCAGCGCCACUGCAGAUCUUCCUGGCAAUCUACUUCCUCUGGCAGAACCUGGGCCCCUCCGUGCUGGCAGGAUUUGCCUUGAUGGUCUUGCUGAUCCCCCUCAACGGAGCAUUUACCAUAAAGAUGCGGGCCUUGCAGGUGGAGCAAAUGAAGUUCAGGGACUCGCGCGUCAAACUGAUGAAUGAGAUCCUGGCGGGCAUCAAGGUGCUGAAGUUCUACGCCUGGGAGUCCAGCUUCUCGGCGCAGGUGGAGCAGAUCCGCAAGGAGGAACUCCGGCUGCUGCGUAGGUUCAACAACUUGCAAGUCAUGGUCACCUUCCUCUGGAUCUGUGCCCCCUUCAUGGUGACGUUGAUAAGCCUUGGCACAUACGUGCUGGUGGACCGGAACCACGUGCUCGAUGCCGAGAAGGUCUUUGUGUCCCUGUCCCUGUUCUAUAUCCUAAAGACUCCCCUCACCAUGCUGCCCCAGAUGAUCAGCUACCUGAUCCAGAGCGUCGUGUCUCUGAAACGCAUCCAGAAUUUCCUAAGCCAGGACGAACUGGACGGCCAGUGCGUGGAGAGGAAGCACAUCUCCCCAGGUUUUGCCAUCACCAUAGACCACGGCACCUUCACCUGGGCCCAGGACCUGCCCCCCACCCUGCACAGCGUGGAUAUCCAGGUGCCCACAGGAGCACUCGUGGGCGUGGUGGGGCCUGUGGGCUGUGGAAAGUCCUCCCUGGUUAGUGCCUUGCUGGGAGAAAUGGAGAAGCUGGAAGGCAAGGUGUCCGUCAAGGGCGCCGUGGCCUACGUGCCCCAGCUGGCCUGGAUCCAGAACAGCACCCUGCAGGAGAACGUGCUGUUUGGCCGCACCCUGGACGCCACGCGCUACCAAAGGGCCCUGGAGGCCUGUGCCCUGCUGCCCGACCUGGCCCUGCUGCCUGCGGGGGACCAAACCGAGAUUGGAGAGAAGGGCAUCAACCUGUCGGGGGGCCAGAAGCAGCGGAUCAGCCUGGCCCGAGCUGUUUACAGCGACGCUGACGUCUUCCUGCUGGACGACCCGCUGUCGGCCGUGGAUGCCCAUGUGGCCAAGCAUAUCUUUGACCGAGUCAUCGGGCCUGAAGGGCUGCUGGCCAACAAGACCCGGGUGCUGGUGACACACGGCCUCAGCUUCCUGCCCCAGAUGGACUUGAUCAUCGUGCUGGCCCACGGGCAGGUAUUGGAGGUGGGUUCCUACUCCACCCUGCUGCAGAGCCAUGGCUCCUUGGCCAACUUCCUGCACAGCUAUGUGCCCGAGGAGGAGCAGCAGACGGACAGUAGGAUCGCCUUAGAGGAAGCAGAGGACAAGGAGGUGCCACUGAAUGAAGACACACUCAGAAAUCACACAGACCCAACAGAUAACCAGCUCUCGGGGUGCAAGGCUCAGAUGCCACUUGCGAGACAGCAGAGUGCCCUGUCCUCAGACGGCGGGCAGGCCCCGGGUCAGCCAUCUCUGACCCAUAGAUGCCCGAGACCCCCGGAGAAGGUAGCACAGCCCACAAAGGCGAAGGCGAGUGGGGUGCUGACCCAGGAGGAGAAGGUGGAGACGGGCACGGUGAAGCUGAGUGUGUUUGUGGACUACGCCAAGGCCAUGGGGCCCUGGACCACACUUGCCGCCUGUGUUUUCUGUGCCGCUCAAAAUGCGGCUAGCAUCGGGGCCAAUGUGUGGCUCAGUGACUGGACCAAUGAAGCUACACAAGGCGGUCAGCAGAACAGCACGCAGCACAGCACUUUUGUGAGGCUGGGCGUCUACACCACACUGGGCUUCCUGCAGGGGAUCCUGGUGUUGCUGGUGUCCUUCACGAUAUUGAUGGGCACCGUCCAGGCGGCACGCUCGCUCCACCAGGCGAUGCUGCACAACAAGAUGCGCUCACCCCAGUCCUUCUUUGACACCACGCCCUCUGGCCGAAUCAUCAACCGCUUCGCCAAGGACAUCCAAAUUCUGGACGACGUCCUGGGGCUCACCAUCCUCACGCUGCUCAAUACCACCUUCAACUCCCUCUCGAUCGUUGUGGUCGUCAUAGCCAGCACGCCGCUCUUCGCUGUGGUCAUCCUGCCCCUGGCUGGGAUCUACUUCUGGGUGCAGCGCUUCUAUGUGGCCACAUCCCGGCAGCUGAAGCGGCUGGAAUCCGUCAGCCGCUCGCCCAUCUUCUCCCACUUCUCGGAGACAGUGACAGGCACCAGCGUCAUCCGGGCCUUUGGCCGCAGCCAGGACUUUGUGGCCAAGAGUGACUUGAAGGUGGAUACCAACCAGAGGAGCUGUUACCCCAACUAUGUCUCUAACCGGUGGCUGGCGGUCCGGCUGGAGUUCAUGGGAAACUGCAUCGUGUUCUUUUCUGCUCUCUUCGCUGUGGUUGGGAAAAGCUCCCUGAGUCCAGGGAUGGUGGGCCUCUCUGUGUCCUAUGCACUACAGGUGAUAUUUUCUCUGAACUUGAUGAUCCGAAUGAUGUCAGAUUUGGAUUCCAACAUCGUGUCUGUGGAGAGAGUGAAGGAGUACUCUAAGACCGAGGAGGAGGCCCCCUGGGUGGUGGAAGGAAGCCGGCCCCCCUCGGGCUGGCCCCUGCGUGGCGAGGUGGAAUUCCGGAAUUACUCGGUGCGCUACCGGCCCGGCCUGGACUUGGUGCUGAAGGACUUGAGCCUGCAAGUGCACGGUGGCGAGAAGGUGGGGAUUGUGGGCCGCACGGGGGCCGGCAAGUCGUCCAUGACCCUCUGCCUGUUCCGCAUCCUGGAGGCCACCAAAGGCGAAAUCCUCAUCGACGGUAUCAACGUGGCCGACAUCGGGCUCCACGACCUGCGGUCCCGGCUGACCAUCAUUCCCCAGGAGCCCAUCCUGUUCUCGGGGACCUUGCGGAUGAACCUGGACCCCUUCAGCACGUCCUCCGAAGAGGACCUCUGGCGUGUCCUGGAGCUGUCCCACCUGCGCGACUUCGUGGUUUCCCAGCCGGCCCGCUUGGAUUUCCAGUGCAGCGAGGGCGGGGAGAACCUCAGCGUGGGUCAGCGGCAGCUCGUGUGCCUGGCCCGGGCCCUGCUCCGUAAGAGCCGCAUCCUAAUUCUAGACGAGGCCACAGCAGCCGUGGACCUGGAGACGGACAGGCUCAUCCAGGCCGUCAUCCGCACCCAGUUUGAGAGCUGCACGGUGCUAACCAUCGCCCACCGCCUCCGCACCAUCAUGGACUACGACAGGGUUCUGGUUCUGGACAAAGGGACGAUAGCGGAGUUUGAUUCUCCGUCCAACUUGAUCGAAGCCAGAGGCAUCUUCUACAGCAUGGCCCGAGAUGAUGGCCUGGCCUGAUCCAUCUUCCUGGGACUUCCCC